AUGAAAGUAAAAGAAUACUUUUUGGGAUUUUUAAAAGUGGAUGAUACAAUAGGACAAGGCUUGUUUGAAGAACUGCAAAAUGUGUUGAAAAGUUUUGAUCUUGAUAUUGAUAAUGUGAGAGGACAGGGAUAUGAUAAUGGGGCAAAUAUGAAAGGGAGGCACCAAGACGUACAAAAAAAAUUGUUGGAUAUAAAUCAUAGAGCAUUGUAUACUCCAUGUGGUUGUCAUUGUUUGAAUUCAACACUUUGUGAUACUGUAAAUUCCUGUGGCAAAGCGCAAGACUUUUUUGGAGUAGUACAACAGAUUUAUACAAUAUUUUCUCAUUCUACAAAGAGGUGGAAGAUUUUGAUAGAUCAUGUAACGGUAAAAGGUUUAACUCUCAAGCCAUUGUCAAUCACUCGAUGGGAAAGUCGUACUGAAAGUGUAAAAGCAGUGGUACUUCAAGCUCAACAAAUCAGAGAAGUUUUACUUCAAGUUGCAAAAGAAAAAGACACUGACUCUAAAAUAAGAAGUGAAGCUAAGUCUUUAGCAACAUUUGAACUUGGAAAUUUUGAGUUUUUAGUGGGUAUGAUUAUUUGGUAUGAGAUAUUGGGUAAAGUUAAUAUUGUUAGCAAAAGCUUACAAUAUGAAAACAUGCUUAUUGGCGUUGUUAUGACCAAGAUUAUGAAGUUAAUUGCUUCUUUUGAAGAAUAUAGAGAAUCUGGAUUUGGACAAGCUAUCAAUACAGCAAAAGAACUUGCUUCAACAAUGGAGGCUGAUCCUGUUUUUCCUAAAAAAAGACAAAUAUAUAGAAAAAAACAUUUUGAUGAGGUUACAUAUGAGUCUUCGAAACUAUCUCAAGAAUCUGCUGAGGAAGCUUUUAGAGUUCAUUAUUUCUUGUUCAUAGUAAAUCAAACAAUUGGGUCAUUGAAGAAAAGGUUUGAGCAAUAUGAGGAAUAUGAAGAUCUUUUUGGAUUUCUUUUCACAGCUGAAAAGUUGAGUUCAUUGAUUGAUGAGGACUUGAAAGCUCGUUGUAAGAAUCUUGAAAGGAAACUACAAAGAAAAAAUGGUACAAGACAAGAUGUUUCAAAUUUGGAUGGAGAUGACUUAUAUCAAGAACUGAAAAUCAUAUAA